CAUCAUUCUACGACUAUAGAAACGUAGAAACGAUAGAAAGUACAAUCGGAAGUAUUUCGCUGAUGGGUUUAAAACCAGCUAUUAGCGGUCUUAGUGGAUAUACACCUGUGUCGAGAAAAUAACGAUUUCUGACAGAUCAGGAUACAAAUAAACCCAGAAAGAAAUAACUUGUUUGCUUAACUAAGACGCAAACCGAUCGACAAGAAUCUUAUUGGACAAAUGUAAUUUUCCUGGGAUUUUAAUGAUCAGAGAAUCGGUGAUUUCUUUCAUACAAGAUGAAGUAGACAUUGAACUCUGGUUCUCUGAAAUAGAAGGAGUCACUUCUGAUUAAUUUGUUACCAUAUUUUAACAAUAAGGAUCAGUUUUCGAUGGGGUUUUUGAAAGAUUAAUCUGGCCUAGCGAUAAUUGGACAUACGAUCUUUCCGCUACUUGAUACUCACGAUAGAGAUAGCAGAUUUAGCAGAUAACGUUGGAUCGGAAUCGAAGGCCAAAACAUACUACUGAGAACUGCUAACAACUUGUUUGAAAUUGAUCGUAAAAACAAAAUCAUUAUCGCUAAACGAAGGUUACUUUGCAACUUACACUUUUAGGGUGACACGAGAAUCCAAUCUCCUGUAUCAAACCGCUGAACACGUCUACGAGAGCCCCAAGCUUUUCAGAAAAAGGACCUACAUCGACCGGACAAUACAAGAUAGAUGCAUUGAUGAUAAAGGACUUGUAAAAUUAUUUAUCUCUGUGUAUCAUCUUCGUGAUGGAUUAAUAAACAACGACAAACAAUAGUAGGGGAUAAAGACUUAAAGGAACAACAUAAUCAUGGAUCUAGCGAAGCGUAUCCAAUGUUUUUCAGUGAUUAUAUAUUGUCUUUUAGCAGCCAAUGUGGCACUAAAAGUGAAGAAGGCCCCUCGAGAUACUGCUGCUAAAGUAGGAUCCACCGUAAUACUACAUUGUCAUGUUGAAAAAUCCAGACAUGAUCAUUUUGUCCAAUGGUUUGGCUAUGCACCCCGACCUGACAAAUAUGGCGGUCAGAUUUCGGCAAAUGGUGAAAUUGUUAUCAGUGCAGCAGAAUCGAAGUAUUCAGUUAGCCGGGUUGAACCUUAUAAUCUGAUCAUUACCAAUUUGGACAAAGAUGACGGUGGCAGGUAUAAGUGCAACGAUGCGUACACAGGGGAUGCCAUAGGAGGAGUUCAACCACACUUAGUCGUCCUGAGUAAGCUACGUUGCCCAGAGGAAGUAACCACCUUGAAUGAAAAUCAAACUUUCCAUAUAAACUGUUCAGUGAAUCAUACUGGAGCUGCGGACAUGAAAAUGGUACCACAUUUCAAGUGGAUCAUGAACGCGUCUCCAAUGACGCGUGCUGUUACUCAAACAGGUCUAGACAGCACUACAACUACUGUCAGUAUGAUUGCUUACCCUAGUCUCCACGGCACCGAAUUGACAUGUGGGUACGAGGUAAUGGGAAUGCAUGAUCAAUGUUAUACAAAGCUAGAAGUUCGCUAUGCCCCUCGACCACCUCGGAUCAAGAUUCAUAAUAAAGACGUAACCAAGAAAAACAUAAGUGCACGACUUGGGGAAGGGAUUAUUCUGGACUGUGUUACUUCCGGUUUUCCAUCACCCACAUUUACUUGGCUCUACAAGGAUCAUGACGGUAUAUUUAAGCAUCUAGCAUUCGAGAGUAAGUUCAAAUUAUAUGGAUUGAUGAUGAGGCAUACUGGGGAAUAUAUGUGCGCAGUAAAAAAUGAUGUUAACAAAGUUGGCGAAAAUACAACAGUAUAUCUAAAAAUAGUUGAUAGCCAAGCACACACAUCCGAAGUCACUAGCCACCUAAAGAAGGGUGUCAUUGCUGGUACCGUUAUUGUAGUCAUAUUGUGUACAGUAGCAACAGUUAUCAUACUUUUAGCGUGGAGGGCUCGAAAAACACACAGACGAGUAUUAAAAGCAGACGCGAGAUAUCGCGAGACUGCUCGAGACUCUCCAAACGCAUCACCCGCGAGAACUCAGCGACAGGGUGAUGCUGCAGUAAGGACAAGGACGCUUGAAUUGCGAUCCAAAGAACCAGAAACAUGUAACUGUUCAGAAGCAGAGUGCUGCGAGGAUCUUACAGAUAGAACUAGGUUCAUUUAUGCCGAUCUAGAUGGAGAAACUACUGAACCGAAGACAACAACUGCGGCGUUAACUCUUGUAUGACAGCGCUAAUUUCAAUAAAUAAAAAUAAUGAUCUAAAUGAUGUAUAAUAAUAUGUAAAUAUCGCUCCUUAUCUAGUCAUGCGUACAUGUUCAGUAUAUCUGCUGCAAUAUAAGCUGUCAUUUUUGAGUUAAAUGCAUGAGUGUGAUACUAUGAGAUUGACAAUGUUCUCACCAAAACAGUUAUACAUCUGAAUUCCCUUCAUCUGAGUUUAUGAUCUAGAGUUUCUACUCAUCUGAGUCUCAACUCAUCUGAGUCUCAACUCAUCUGCCACUUUCAUAUACUAGUUUGAAUUUCUACUCAUUUCAUUAAUCAUAUGUAAAUAAAAUAUUCAUGGUACUUAAUUCUCUGCGCAUGCGUUGGAACGCAUUGGUGUGUUCAAGGAGGAUUGGCUCCCAAGUGCAACAUCGAUAUCUUCGCCAUAUAUGGGCAUAUCAUGAUUACAAAAUUCGAAUUCA